UUUUUGAACUAUUGACUAUCAUCUCUCUCCUCGCUCUUUUUUGAACACAAAAAACAGAAACACUUUCCACAUGCUACAAAAAAACACACACACUUUCCACAGCCCAGAAAAAUAUAAUCCCAUAACUUUCCCAGUAUUUUCCCCCAACAUUUUCCUUCAAACCAAACAUGCUUCUCCUCUCUUUCCCCCACCUCCUCUCUCUCCUCCUCCUCUUCCUCACAAACCCACCGCCAACUCUCUCUCAACCCACCUCCCAACUCACCAUUCUCAUCUCCAUCAAAGCCUCUCUCGACCCACAAAGCCUCUAUCUCUCUUCUUGGUCCCCCACAGCCUCAGACCCAUGUGACGGCUCGUUCGAAGGCAUUGCCUGCGACGAGAAAUCUCAGGUUGUGAACGUUUCUCUGCAAGGAAAAGGACUUUCCGGGAAAAUACCGCCGGAGAUUGGUCUGCUCAAGAGCUUGUCUGGGUUGUACUUGCAUUUCAAUCAGCUCUCUGGUGGUGUACCUAAGGAGAUUGGGAGUCUCAGUGAGCUCUCUGAUUUGUAUCUCGAUGUCAAUAAUCUUUCUGGGGAAAUUCCUCUUGAGAUUGGAAACAUGUCUAAUCUCCAAGUUUUGCAAUUCUCUUACAACAAGUUAACUGGAAGCAUUCCUACUCAGCUAGGGUCUUUGAAGAAGCUGAGUGUUCUAGCUCUGCAAUAUAAUGGAUUAACCGGUGCAAUUCCAGCAAGUUUGGGAGCUUUGAUAAUGUUAAAAAGGUUGGAUUUGAGUUUUAAUCGGCUCUUUGGUUCAAUCCCAACAAAAUUAGCCAACCCACCAAUGCUACAAGUUCUAGACAUCCGAAAUAAUACUCUUUCUGGCAGUGUUCCUACAGCUUUGAAGAGAUUAAAUGAAGGAUUCUUGUACGCAAACAACACAGGCUUAUGUGGGGCUGGUUUUUCCACUUUGGAAGAUUGCACUGCUUCUGAUAAUCUAAACCCUAACAAACCGGAACCAUUUGGGCCUGGUUCAAACAGUCUUCCUAAAAAGGAUAUCCCAGAGUCAGCAAACUUCAACACAAAUUGCACCCAAAACCAUUGUUCAAAUCAGUCGAGAAUGCCACAAAUUGGUGUCAUAUUUGGAGCAAUUGGAGUAAUAGUUGCACUGACAAUUACUGGGCUUGUCACAUUCUUGUGUUACCGUCGCCGGAAACAGAAAAUUGGAAGUGCCUUUGAUACUUCCGAUAGUCGACUUAGUACUGACCAGGUCAACGAGGUUUACAGGAAGAGUGCCUCUCCCCUCAUCUCUCUGGAAUAUUCCAAUAAUUGGGACCCGACAGCUGAAGGUUGGAGCAGAAUUGGGUUCUCUCAAGAAGUUUUUGAGAGUUUUAUGUUUAAUCUAGAAGACGUGGAGUCGGCCACUCAGUACUUCUCAGAGGUGAACUUAUUGGGCAAGAGUAGCUUCUCAGCUAUCUACAAGGGGUUAUUGAGGGAUGGUUCUGUUGUUACUGUUAAAUGCAUUGCAAAGAGUAGCUGUAAGUCCGAUGAAGCUCAGUUCUUGAAGGGAUUGAAGAUCCUGACCUCUUUGAAACAUGAAAAUCUUCUUCGGUUGAGAGGCUUUUGCUGUUCAAAAGGCAGGGGAGAGUGUUUUCUCGUCUAUGAUUUUGUCUCAAAUGGGAACUUGUUGCAGUAUCUCGAUGUGAAGGCUAGCAGUGGGAAGGUUCUUGAAUGGUCUACAAGAAUUUCUAUUAUCCAAGGCAUUGCCAAAGGCGUAGGAUAUUUACAUGCAAAGAAAGGAAAUAAACUCUCUUUAGUUCACCAAAACAUAUCUGCCGAGAAAGUGCUCAUCGACCAGCGGUACAAUCCAUUGAUUUCCGAUGCUGGCCUGCACAAACUCCUUGCCGAUGACGUUAUCUUCUCCACACUCAAAGCAAGUGCGGCAAUGGGAUACCUAGCCCCCGAGUACACCAACACUGGCCGGUUCACUGAAAAGAGCGAUGUAUAUGCUUUUGGUAUGAUUAUUUUCCAAGUCCUCUCUGGAAAACGCAAGAUUACCCAUUUGAAUCGUCAAGGGGCUGAAAGGUGCAAAUUCGAAGACUUCAUUGACGCAAAUCUUGAUGGGAAUUUCUCUGAAUCGGAAGCAGCUAAGCUUGGGAAGAUUGCUCUUCUUUGCACCCAUGAAUCUCCUGAACAAAGGCCGGCCGUGGAAACUGCUAUUCAAGAACUGAGUGAACUCUCCAUUUGCUGAAUUCUCUAAGGUGUUCUUCCCUUGUUAUUCAAAUGAGGAGAGGUAAGACAGUUCGUCACUAACUUGUUGAUGUUGAAGCUCCAAGUUACUGUUUCUUAAAAUGCUUUGUCCUUUGUUGAGGACUUAAGUUAUGCAUUUUGGAAGAGUUUCUAAUUAGAAGAGUGUUUCUAAUUAUUGUAGGUCUUACAUGUAUCACUGAUCUUUGGCCAUUUGACUCCUUAGACUAAUCUCAUUAGAAUUAUUUGUAACUUUCAUGCUGUUAAUAGGCUGAAAAUUAGAACUUUAUUCCACUCUUGUAAUGUUUAUUGUUUAGUAAUUAGUGCUUUGGUAA